AUGCAGCGAGGGGCUGCCAUUCCGAGACAGUUGUUGGUCCGCCGUACUGGUCACAUGCUGUCGUGUUUCAAUGAGACGCCACCCCUAGACGCGUACGCGUUAUAUCGGUUUUCCGCAGUCGUGGGUGCUCUUUCUGAGCCAGCUUAUUCCUACACAUCAGGUACAUUAUUCCAUGAGGCCGGGAUUGGAGUUGAGAUUCGUACGAGAACGCCUGCACAUGACUAUGACAAGGAAAACAUCCCUCCUCCCAAAGCAGGAAGACUAAGUGUCAAUUCCUCUGCAGCAAUCGAUCGCCUCGUCAAACCCUUCAAAUGUCCCGGGUCUGCAAACUCUCGUAAGAAGACCGGUGAACCUACCCGCAAGCGAAGAAAGGUCAAUUAUGCUGAGGUAGAGGGCGGUGGCGACGACACCAGUGGAGGGUUCAGCAUUGAUGGUGAAAGCGUGGCCUUGAAAGACCGAUUCCCUGUUUUUAAAGUUAAGGACAAGGACACAACUUUUCGUUCCAGGUUUGCAAUACCGUUGAUCAACAAAAAUGCUAUCGACUCUUCCCGGAUUGCUCCCAGUCUAGGAAUGCGACGAGGUCUGCCUUUUGUCAACAAGCCACUUCAUGAUCCCAGUGGUGAAUUUGCCAUCGUACUUUAUGAUCCUACAAUUGAUGGGAAACCCGAGGACAAGCCAGACACCCAUGCAACUGAAGUAGAACAAGAAAAGCCAAGGCUUGAUAUCCCUCUGAUGCACAAAAGUUUGGCUGAGAUCCUUGGUAUCAAGAAACAGGUAGAAGGCGAAAGACCACAAGUGCCUGUUGUCAUUGACCCCAGACUGGCCAAAGUCCUCAGACCACAUCAGGUAGAGGGGGUGAGGUUCUUGUACAGAUGUACUACUGGUCUGAUUGAUGCGAAAGCCAAAGGCUGCAUCAUGGCCGACGAGAUGGGCCUGGGGAAGACAUUGCAGUGCAUAGCAUUGAUGUGGACCCUACUCAAACAGUCCCCCGAGGCUGGAAAAUCUACAAUUCAAAAAUGUGUCAUUGCCUGUCCGGCAAGUCUCGUCAAGAAUUGGGCAAACGAGCUGGUGAAAUGGCUUGGCGAAGGGGCCAUCAACGCCUUUGCUAUUGAUGGGAAAGCCUCGAAAGAGGAGUUGACUAUGCAACUCAGGCAGUGGGCAAUAGCUUCCGGAAGAGGUGUCGCCAGACCUGUCCUCAUUGUUUCCUACGAGUCAUUGAGAUUAAAUAUUGAUGAGCUGAAAGACGUCAAAAUCGGGCUGAUGCUCUGCGAUGAAGGUCACCGACUGAAAAAUGCUGAGAGCGAAACCUACAUGGCUCUCACCGGGCUCAGCGUAGAGCGACGAGUCAUUCUCUCGGGAACUCCCAUCCAGAAUGAUCUUACUGAAUAUUACGCCUUACUGGACUUUGCGAAUCCGACCUAUUUGGGUACCAAAGCUGACUUCCGCAAGAAAUUUGAGUUGCCGAUUCUUCGCGGUCGCGACGCUGCCGGUUCCGAUACUGACAAAGCUAAAGGUGAAGCGGCCACUGUUGAGUUGAGCUCACUUGUGAAGAAGUUCAUCAUCCGAAGGACUAACGAUAUCCUCUCCAAAUACUUACCUGUGAAGUAUGAACACGUAGUCUUCUGCAAUAUGGCUCCAUUCCAGAUUGACCUCUACAAUCACUUUAUCCAGAGCCCGGACAUCAAAAGCCUCCUAAGGGGCAAAGGCAGCCAGCCGCUCAAAGCCAUCGGCAUUCUCAAGAAGUUAUGCAAUCACCCAGACCUGCUAGAUCUCGAGAAAGAUCUUCCUGGGAGCGAGAGGUUCUGGCCUGUCGAUUACGUACCGAAAGAGGCCAGAGGCAGAGACCGGGAUGUUAAAUCAUGGCAUUCCGGGAAGUUUGCAGUGCUUGAGCGAAUGCUUGCAAGAAUACGACAAGACACCAACGAUAAGAUUGUGCUAAUUAGCAACUAUACUCAGACCCUCGACGUAUUUGAGAAAUUGUGCAGAGCUCGAUCAUACGGAUGUCUUCGACUAGACGGUACAAUGAACGUCAACAAACGUCAGAAGCUGGUCGAUAAGUUCAAUGACCCCAACGGUGAGGAGUUUGUUUUUCUGCUGAGCAGUAAAGCUGGUGGGUGUGGUAUUAAUCUCAUUGGAGCAAAUCGACUGGUGCUCUUUGACCCAGACUGGAAUCCGGCCGCCGAUCAACAAGCGCUUGCCCGUGUUUGGAGAGACGGUCAAAAGAAAGACUGCUUCGUGUACAGAUUCAUGGGCACUGGCACAAUUGAGGAGAAGAUCUUUCAGCGACAAUCGCACAAGCAAGCACUCUCCUCUGCCGUGGUCGACUCAGCUGAGGACGUUGAACGACAUUUUACGCUCGACUCGCUUCGUGAACUGUUUCAGUUCAAGCCCGACACCACCAGUGACACGCAUGAUACAUUCAGGUGCAAAAGAUGUAAACCGGAUGGUACACAGUCAAUCAAAGCGCCUGCAAUGCUCUACGGUGAUACAAGUUCUUGGAAUCAUUUUGUAAACAAUGGUGAUGCAGGACCGCUUGGGAAAAUCCAGGAUCUUCUCCUCCGACAAGAAGCAUCAGAAAAUGCCGUUAGCGCAGUAUUCCAGUAUAUCAGCCACUAA